AUGCGAGCACCCCAUGAAGCUUCUGACAUGGAUUUGGAGGAUGACAUUCAAGUGGCAGUGGCAUGUGCAACUGUUGCCACCUUGGAACCGGACAUCAUCAUGUUGGAUGAAGACUGCGUCAGGAGCACCACAUCUAACGACCCAGUGUAUCAGCUCUUGCUUGCUAGGGUUGCAGCGGGCGAUUGGCCCCAACAGAAGUCACAAGAAAUCUCCUGCCUUCGUCCCUUCUUCGGCGUUCGGGAUAGGCUAGCCAUCAACCAGGAUCUGGUGACAUACUCGGUGGACCAAGGAUGCAUACAUUUGGUUAUCCCUGAAGAUUUACGCCGUCAGGUAGCCGCUAACCUAUACGCAGGACACCAAGGCCUUGACUCUAUGCUUAGGAGGGCCAGGCAGUCAGUCUACUGGCUGGGAAUAGAAGGAGACCUUCAGCAUCGCCGUGCCCAAUGCACCUCAUGUGAUGAACACGCCCCUUCACUGCCUCCUGAAGAAAUGAUACACACGCCACCAGCAGAACACCCCUUCCAGCAAGUCGUCGCAGAUAUGUUCCAAAUAGAGGGCAAUGUAUACGUGAUAUAUGCAGACGGAAUAACCAGUUAG